UUUUUCCUCAGUUUUCUCUUCACUGCCGCCUCCUCCCUCACAGUCUCACGUACGUUUGCCCUUUUCAUUCUUUUCCACACAAGCUCUCAGUCUCAUCUGCCGCCGCCCCCCUCUAGUCCCGGAGCACUGUCAGCCACCUGCGCUGCUCCCUGUGACCUUCGUGACCGAAUGAAGCUGUGUCCCAGUCUCACCCUUCGGCGUCAGUUGCUCAUUCUAUUGAAGUCAGGUUGUGGGAGACAUUCUACUUUUCAUGCAAACCUCCUGACUAAGGAAGUUCGUGGAACUAAAGGAAUCUCUGGUCUAUUUAGAGGGUUGUCUACUAUAGGUUGUACUUCGCAUUUAUCAUCUCAACUCAAAGAAAAAUAUGGGCCAAGCUCCAGAAUUCCUUUCUUCACUAGACCCAUUUCAUCAAAAGCUUCAGAGCAACCAGGACAAACUGGAUCAAAGAAGCAACCGGGACAAUCUGGAUCAGAGACUAGAAAAGACAUAUCAACCGUUGAGGAUCCCUUUGAUGCACCUACAUAUAAUAUCCCAGAGAAGCCUGUCACUUUUGUAGAGGGGGCUUCCUAUACUGCUGUCAUUCUUGCAGGGCUUGGAAUUGCAGGUGCUGCUGGAUAUGCUGUUUUCAAAGAGCUUAUCUUUCAACCGAAAGAGUACAAGGUCUUUAACAAAGCUCUGAAGAGGAUUCAAGAUGACGGUCAGGUUAGGGUGAGGAUUGGAUCCCCCAUUACAGGUUAUGGUCAGGAAAGCAGAAAUCGUGCUGCACGCCAACGUAUUCCUAACAAGAUAUGGACUGAUGAAGAUGGUGUAGAGCAUGUAGAGAUUAAUUUCUAUAUCCGCGGACCCCAUGGAGCUGGGAAAGUUUACUCUGAGAUGUUCAAAGACCCAGUUGACAAGCAGUUGAAGUAUACAUAUUUGAUUGUUGAGAUCAAAUCACCAACUCCUUCACAAUUGAUUCUAGAGUCUUAUAUGCCGGCUUAUAACGUGGACACCAAGUAGUCAGAUUCUGACGAGGUUUCUUUAUGUACCAAAUAACGUGGCGAAGGUUACCAAUCUAGUGAUGUUAAUAGUUAUCCUUCUCAUUCUUAAUUUUAUUUUUAUAUUUUUUUUUUAACUCUUUGGAAAGUGCUGAGUUUGAAUUUUGAAGUCCAAUUUUUUAUUUACUAGCAAGAGGAAUUGUGAUGAGAAUGUUUCAUACUUUUGUUGCAUAUGUAUCAAGUUGGGUAAGCUGAUUGUUUCAGGCUUAUCCACAUAUGACACUGACCUCAGGCAGACCAGGGUUGUAUGAAGGAAAAGCAUGAAUGAAAGUGAAAUAAUUUUUUUUUUUUU